AGUGCAGCAGCAGCAGCUGGAGCGCAGCGGCGCGCCUCGGCUCAGCCUCACUAACUUAAACUCACGCAACCGUGAGAACUGACGCAGCUUCGCAUCGCGAAGAUUUUAGUUUUUCGUUUGUAUUUUUGUUUUAUUGUGUAACAUAUAUGGACCUCUAGUUCGAUUCUCGACUUUGGAGAGAGAGAAAAAAAGCAUCUUUUUUCGGUUAUAGUGACGACUUCCAAAACUCACCUGCUCGCCGUCAGGAACAGCGUGUACCGAGUGCGAGCGCCAGCUGCUGCAGCGCAGUGUUUACACUCCGACUCCGACGGAAAGACUCGGAUUUUUCUGCGCUAUUAAAGUUUCUAUUUUCCCAACCAAAACAAGCCAUGUAAUCGUGAUCGGAGGAAAUGCAUCUAAAUAUGAGUGAAAAUAAUUACCCGCUGGAAGAAAGAGACAGAGACAGACUUCCUCCCAUCAUAAACCCUAAUUUGGAUCGUGGACCAAAGCUACCUUUCGCCUCUUAUGGGAGUUUCAUCUCCACCCUGAACCACAAGCGAGAGUCGGGCAAUCACAGUCUGUCUACACAACUCCUCUUACCUGCCAUCCGACAAGUGAGAGAACUUCCUCCAAUUUAUCCAGAUGUUCGACAGAAGCAGCGAAUCUCAAUAGAUGUUUUACCUCCAGAAGUUAAAGCCCGCUUCAUCUCCGAUCCCAUCAUUCCCACCCGAACUAAAACUGCCAAAGAGUUUCAAGACGAUGUUGAAAAGGCAACUAUCUCAGGUGAUUGGAGGCAUGUCCAUGAUUUCUAUAUGACCACAUUCAAAUCCUUCUUGGAACUCAAUGCUGCUUUUAAGAGAGAAGCAAAUGCUCCAUUCAACACUAUUGAAGACUCAGGAAUUAACACCAAAUUUGUCAAUGCUGUGUAUGACGCUUUGCUUCACACGCCCCCUGAUACCCAGAAAUCUGUCCUGAAGGGAAUCAUUAAUAGCUUAUUAAGGGAAUGGAAAGGACCACGGACAAAGGACGACCUGAGGGCUUAUUUCAUCCUUGUGCAGAAUCCUCAGUACACCAGCACAGCCACAUAUGUCAUCUAUGCUCACUUACUGCGGCAAAUAGCGACGCUGCCUGAAGCAGAUCACCAUUUCCUCAUGCACUGGUUUAAGAAGCUAUCUCAGAAGCGUUUUAAGCAGCUGGUGGAACGCCUACAGCUCUUCAUCACCACACGUCUGUUCCCUGCCAAACCAGAGGAGCUACCGCCCAUGUCCAAGUGCUCAUGGUGGAUCCCUUCAGCCACCAAGGUUCUCUCCCUGCUCAAUGCCGCAAACAGCAUUUCCCCUUCUCCCAUUAUCCCCUUCUCUGAUUUUUACAAUCUCACACUGGACCACAUUGACUUCAUGGAGGACUACCAGACGUGGCAAGCGCAUGGAAAUUCCAACAGGUUUACUUUCUGCCAGUAUCCAUUUAUCCUGUCUACAGUGGUGAAGAAAGCUAUUAUUCAAAGAGACUCUGAGCAACAGAUGAUCAGUAUGGCCAGGCAAACCCUGGUGGACAAGGUCUCUCGCAGACAGAGGGUGGAUAUGAGUCUGCUUUUUCUCAACAUUAAAGUGAGGCGUCUGCAGCUGGUCAGUGACUCACUGGAUGAGCUUUCAAGAAAGAGAGCAGACUUGAAGAAGAAGCUAAAAGUAACAUUUGUUGGAGAAGCUGGCCUGGACAUGGGAGGACUCACAAAGGAAUGGUUUCUUCUCCUGAUUCGACAGAUUUUUCACACUGAUUAUGGCAUGUUCACAUAUGUGAAGGAAUCUCAGUGCCACUGGUUCAGCAACUGGAAGUGUGACAACUGCUCAGAAUACAGACUGGUUGGAGCUCUCAUGGGCCUGGCCGUAUACAACAGCAUCACCCUGGACAUCCGAUUCCCGCCCUGCGUCUACAAGAAGCUGCUGACUCCUCCCAUCAUGCCAUGUGACCUUGAUGCCCCUGUUGGCAUGGCAUCCCUCACCCUGGACGACCUGCAGCAAAUCAUGCCUGAUCUUGCUCACGGCCUCAGCGAGUUACUAAGCUACGAGGGAAAUGUGGAAGAGGACUUCUAUACGACCUUUCAGGUUUUUCAAGAAGAACUUGGAGUAGUCAAGUCAUAUAACCUCAAGCCAGGUGGGGAUAAAAUUCCUGUGACUAACCAGAACAGAAAAGAAUACGUUCAGCUGUACAUCGAUUUCCUGCUGAAUAAGUUUAUUUACAGACAGUUUGCUGCUUUCUACCAUGGCUUUCACAGUGUAUGUGCCUCUAAUGCCUUGAUGCUCCUGAGGCCAGAGGAGGUUGAGAUCCUGGUGUGUGGCAGCCCCAAUCUGGACAUGAGCUCUCUUCAGAGGGUGGCACAGUAUGAGGGCUACAGCAAGACAGACCCCACCAUCCGUGCAUUCUGGGACGUGGUUCUAGCUUUUCCUCUGGAGCUGCAAAAGAGGCUUCUCCACUUCACAACAGGAAGUGAUCGUGUUCCUGUGGGAGGGAUGGCAGACCUCAACUUCAAGAUCUCGAAAAUUGAGGUUUCGACAGACUGGUUACCUGUUUCACACACAUGCUUCAACCAGAUCUGCCUGCCACCCUACAAAAGCAAGAAAGAGCUGCGGCAAAAGCUUACCAUAGCCAUUUCCAAUGCCGAGGGCUUCGGUUUGGAGUAGUGUAAUGAUGGUUUAAAGGGAAACGGAUACCCAUGGACAUUUGCUGGUGUUUUUGUCCGAUGUUUGCACAAUAGGCCCCUUUGGUAAAUGAUUUACGCACUGUAGCUGUCCUUAAAGCUAGACCCGAAGAAUCACUAGCCUUUGGCCAUUUGAUAUGGCUGUGUAAUGUGUGACAUUAUGUUGUGUUGUACGUGUGUGUAAAUGGUAAGAGACAAAUUCUGUCAUGAACCAGGAUUCGAGAAAGAAUCCAGUUAAACUGUACUGUAUGCCUAGAAGUAUCCAGAUGUGUCAUGUGCAUUGUGUUAUGUAUAUCAAGGACCUUUCUGUUUUAAUUGAUUUUUUUUUUGGUUUGUUUUGUAGCUUUGACAAAGUAUCCGCAUGUGAUAUACUGUAUUUGCGAUAUCCAACUAAAUCAGCAGGAUAGCUACAGUAUUUAAGGUAGAGAGCUAUUCAGAUGAAAUUGCUAUAUCAGACUUCAACUUGGUGAUUUUGCCAGUUUGAAUCUGUUCCCUAGCAGGGUUGUUAUGUAAUAUCCCACAGUUGUGCAGUGGGGAGGGCUGAAAAUAGGCCAGAGCGAGGUGUAAAAUAGCCUGGCAAAAAGUCUACCUCUGGUCUGAGGGUUUGAAACGACAGUGAUAUGUCUCCCCGACUUCCUGGUAAUAACCAAGAUUGUAAGAGUGUUACUGAUUUAGAUAUUUCCUCUAAUUGUGCCUCCAUUUCCUCCAGUGCUGGACUGUUAUAGGUGUUAAAUAUUCUGUAAUUGAAUCUCAUGAUUGUUUUCAUGCUCAGAGAUGGUCUUGUUCUGUAUAAAGUUCUGAAAGUCUUGACGACCCUUUUGUAUUCUCAGUGAAAGGAAAGGAACGGUGUAAAUGAUCGUUUUUCUUUUUUUUUUUUUGUACCUGUCUAAGUGACAACCAUAGUGUGUUCCUGUAUUAGAAAUCGUUUGUGGUAGUUAUUGUUGGCUGUUCUUGAACAGAAUGUGGACUGAUGACGGAGGUACACAUGAACAGCUAAGUACGUUAAGAUUAAUUUAUUUUGCAUCUGCCCCCCCCCCCCCUUUUUUUUUUGCUUUUGCCUAUCAGUUUUACAGCUUAUAAAAUAGGGAUUUUAUUGACUGUCAUUUUCUCCCCUGUUCAUUCAAUACUUGUAAACAUCUCUUAGCUUAAGUAUUUCCUUUUUCAUUUCAUCUCCGGUUCUUUGGAUUAAAAUGUUACGCCUGGUUUUGGCCUCCAUCCAUGACAUCACUUUAACUCUCUGACUAUUGCAAGUGUUCACUUUAUCGUUUAUACUGUUUUAUGACUGAAUACAAAUGUAUUUGCCGUGUAUUUAUUUUAACUUUGCUCAUUCUUAAUGAUUAAAGUUAUACA